UACACUGUCUUCAGUCUUCACCGUCGAAACCCUCCCUCUCCCUCGGUGAAACCCCCGAAAUCGUAGACAGCCAUGACUAACAUUCCGAAACCUCCAUUUCUCUUGCUAGUCACUUGUCUCUUGUCCCUCAUUUCCAGCACUGUCUCCUCGGAAUCCGGUGAUGACCGAGUCAGCGAGCUUCUCGCGCUGCAAUCCAGAUCCCAAUCUGGUCUAAUUCACCUCAACGACCAAUCUGUCUCUCGAUACCUUACCUCAGUCAAAACCCCAAGACCCUAUUGGAUUGUUAUCUUCUUUGACGCCGCACAGCUCCACGAGAAAGCAGAGCUUCGUCUCAAGGAGCUUCGCAGCGAAUUCGCACUCAUCGCUUCUUCUUACAUAGCCAACAACAAAGACCCUUCGUCCCCAUCUCACGGGAAAUUGUUCUUCUGCGACAUUGAAUUCAAAGAAUCGCAGUCUAGUUUCGCUCUUUUUGGCAUCAAUGCCUUACCUCACAUCCGCCUUAUUGCGCCUCAUCAAGGCCCCAAAGAGUCAGAUCAGAUGGACCAGGGAGAUUUCUCCAGGCUCGCUGAGUCCAUGGCCGAAUUUCUGGAAUCGAAGACGAAGCUUGUUGUAGGUCCGAUCCAUCGGCCUCCGUUAUUCUCGAGGGGCCAAUUGAUUUUGAUUGGACUCGGGUUCCUGAUUAUUUUACCCUUUAUAGUGAAGAAGAUCCUGGCUGGUCAGACUAUGGUUCAUGACCGGAAGUUCUGGUUGUUGGGUGCUGUGUUCGUCUACUUCUUCAGCGUCUCGGGUGCGAUGCAUAACAUCAUAAGGAAGAUGCCGAUGUUUUUGUUGGACCGUAAUGAUCCGUCGAAGCUUAUAUUCUUUUACCAGGGAUCGGGAAUGCAACUUGGAGCAGAGGGUUUUGCAGUUGGAUUCUUGUACACCAUUGUGGGUUUGUUGAUGGCAUUUAUGUCACAUGUUCUUGUGAAGGUGAGGAAUGUUAAUGUGCAAAGGGUGUUUAUGAUUUUUGCACUGUUAGUUUCUUUUUGGGCUGUGAAGAAGGUUGUCAACUUGGAUAACUGGAAGACCGGUUAUGGCAUCCACGGAUAUUGGCCUUCAAGUUGGUAAUCGUAUAAGAGAGGUUUUAAUUUUAAUUUCUUCUGUUUCCUUUGAAGUUGAUUACAAACCUUUAAUUUUAAUCUUGUCAGAAGGUAUUUGUUACUUGUCACUCUUUUGAGGGGCAAAUUUUACCUAAAGUUUCAAGUAUUAGGAAAUUUCACCUCUGCAUACGUUCUGAUUAUAAUCUGAACCCAUUAUGUAUGGACGUGUUAGUGAUAGAUGACAUUUCUUUGUUAGUUUCUGUUUUAGAUGGUCAACCUGAUAUAGCUGUAAGUUUUGGACAGUCAUACUCUGAAUCCGUUUUCAUUUCUAUGUGAUUUUGUGUUGGUUUU